CCACGUGGGCAUAGCGUCAUUUCCCGUGUGUGCACGAUCCGUGUGUACUGGCUAACUGCUUUUGUUAUAAGCUAUCUCUGUUUGUUAGUAGUUAGAAACAUAUAAAGGUUCCGUAAUUAGAAUAGCUGUUGUGAUGGCUGAAGCGAUUCAGAAGAAAUUACAGUCAGAGCUGGAGAAAUAUCAACAACUGCAAAAAGAUGUCAGUAAAAGUAUGUCAGCAAGACAGAAGCUAGAGGCACAGUUAACUGAAAAUAAUAUUGUUAAGGAGGAGCUUGCAUUGUUGGAUAGCCAAAAUACAGUUUACAAACUAAUUGGACCAGUUUUGGUCAAACAAGAUCUAGAUGAAGCCAAAGCAACAGUGAGCAAGAGAUUGGAAUACAUCAAUGGUGAAAUUCAGCGCUAUGAAACUUUACUGAAGGAGAUGGAGAGAAAGUCUGAGCAGCAUCGGGAAGUUCUCUCCAGCCUGCAGCAGGAGUACCAGCGCGCUCAGGGUCAGGCCGUUGGGAAAGUCUAAAUGGAUUAUGAAGCAAAACUUAUCCAGCAAAACUCAGAGACUCAAAAUGCCUGCUAAUAACACAUGCUUGUUCACAUGUAUAUUAACAGAAUUCUGUAGAUUUUUAGUUUGAUGCUUGUAGGCUAUCAAUAAAUUUUCUUUAUUUA